UGGAUUAAGAUAGGUUGUCCUUGGCGCCUGGCGAGCGAUCCAUCGGGUUUCGAUCGAUCUUUGCGAUCCCGGGCUUGAUUCUUGGAGCAGAGGCGGAAUCUGUUCUUUCAUUGGAGGAUCGAUCGAUCCGUGGUGCUGUUUUUGAUCGAAUACCUCUGCCAUGGGCCUAGAUGAUGCGGAAGUAAAUAGCGACGCGAUCCAGGCUGCCGAAGAGAGCAUCGCCAUCGAAGGCUUAGCUUUAGAAAGCAAGAGUGAGAAUAGUUCUUUGAGCGGCGUUAGUUUUUUGGAUAAGGAGAAGAGUGGAGUAGACAGUGAUCAGAGUAAAAAGGACUUAAGCGUUAGAUCUGGAGAAAAAGAAUCAAAGCCUGUCGAAGAUGGUAAGUCUGAGGAAGAGAAUCCGGCGGCUGUUUUAGUGGAGCCUCUGGACGAGAAGAAACUUGUGGAUAAAGUCGAAGAAAAUGGUGGUCAAGCGUUACUUGAAAGUAAAGAUGACGGAGAAGGAGCUGAGAUGAACGCAGUGGAGGAACCUUUACCAGCAACCGUGACGAUUAAAGCAAGCGAGAAAGGUGAUCCAGCAGUAGAAGGUGAUCGUGAUGCUGCUCCAGUCGAGCACGGGGUACAAGAGGUUGUGAAAGAUGGUGUUGACGAAGACAAGGCAAGUUCACAAACGGACGUAUCAAGCGAAGAUCUUGAUGGUAAGGUUCUUCUCGAAGAUCAGACUCUUGGAAGUAAGCUAGAAGCCGAGGAUCGAGUAGCAGAGGCAACGAAAAAUGGGAGUGGACAAGAGUCACUGGAAGAAACAGAUCCACAGCAAAGCAAUGAUCAACUCAAGUUAGACGAACCAAGUCUGGCCGAGGUUGAUAAUCCAGCGAACACUGAAGAGGAAAGCGGAUCAGUCGUCGGGGAAUCUGAGAACAGGAACACUUCUGAUGAAAGUUUUCACGAUAGUGGAAAAGGUGGCAUCGAAGUUGGAACAAGCGAACAAGCAGCACCUCGUGCAGAGAGUGAUGCCCAGAUCCCUGACGAAGAGAAGUCCCCUGAAAGUCAUUUGGAACAUCAGAUCGAGGAACAGAGUAGUCAACAUGAGAAUGAAACAGUAGCCGAAGGGACAUCGUCAUUGGAAGUGGGAGGUAAUCCGGAGAACUCGAGUCCGAAAGAAGAAGUUGGAGCAGCAGCUGAUGUUGAUACUUUGGCCUCGAUUCCAGCGACAAGCGACGGAAGUGAUUUGCAAGAAAAGUCGGACAUGGUUGAAGAAGCAGUAACUGUUGAUGCAGCAAGAAACUCUGGAGAUCAUGGCCAAGAAGAUUCAGCGACUGAAGGCACACCAGGAGAUGACAUCGUGGAUACGGUAGCUGAAAUAACAGAGGAUAUUGAGCGUCAAAGCUUGCCUGAUGGGGAACGCGACCUUACUGUUCCUGAUGAAGAUGUUAAGGUGGAAGCGAUGGAGGAAAGUGGAGCCAGGAACACUGAGAAGGAACAAGGGAAUAAUGACGAAACGAAUGACAAAACACUCUCGGACGCGGUAGAAACAUCUUUAGAAACAGUUUCUGAAGAAGUUACUCCGCAUGAAAACGACGCUAGCAACGAGGAAAAGAAAACAGAGGAUGAUACAGGAGCGAGUGUUGAGACACCAGCAGUCGUUGCAGGCACGGAGGAAACGGAACCAGUGGACGAUGGAGUUAAGGAAACAGUGUCUGAUCAGACCGCCAUCGCUGACGAGAAGGAAACAACAUCCGAUAGUAAAGAACAGGUCGAGGAAACUGACGUGCAAGCAUCUUUAGAAACACCAAAGGAGAUGGAAGCAGCCGAUCAUGAAACUAGUACUAAGGAAACAAUGCCUAAUGACUUGGAGACUUCUAUAGAAACACUGGUGGUGGAUGAAGUUGCAGCCGAUCACGAAGGAAAUACUGUGCUUGGCGGAACAGUGACAGAAAAUAAGGAGCUGGUUGAUGAAGAGGAAACAGUGGCUAGCCAGGAAAACACUUUCUCAGAAACAGUAAAGGCACCAAAGGUGGUGGAGGAGAUUCCGGAAACAACAAACGAUGUAAAAGUUGAAGAGACAGUGGCUGACGAGCUGGAUACUUCUGUAGAGACACAAGAACCGGCUCAACCGAACGAAACAGCUAUGGACGAGCCAGUUGAAGUGAUGGAGCAGGAAAUAGCUCUUGAAACACACAAACCAGCUGUAGCAACGGGCGGGGAUGAAGAAGCUGCUACAACUUUUCCAGAAGAACGAGCUGAGGAGGAGCUUGUUGAAGCUCCGGAAGAGGAAGUUGUUGAACCUGUGGAGACAUCUGCAGAAGCCACUCAUCAAAAUGUGGAUGAGACAACAGCCGAGACUUCCAAACCUCCCAUGGAAGAGUUGACCGAAACACCAAGCACCGAAGAACAACCAGCUUCUACAGAGGAGGAAAAAGUCGACGAACAAGUUAUAUUUCCAGAGGCUGGCGACAGCACAGACGCUGCGUUGAUAGACGAGUUAAAUUCUAUUACAAGCAUCGGAGCGCCAGUGGAAACUCCCGAAGCUGACAUCAAGCCGCUGGAGGAACUUGUUGAAGCACCAACACUGGAAGUAGCCAGAUCGGAAGAAGGUGGAAACGGAGACAGCGCAAUCCCUGAAAGCGAGCCACUCAUCACAGGUGAUCCCGCCAAGGUUGAAACCGUGGAACCCGAACCAAUCCCUGCUGAAACCGAGCCACUCAUCUCAGGUAAUCCCGCCAAGGCUGAAACCGUAGAACCCGAACCAAUUCCUGCCGAAACCGAGCCAGUCGUCACAGGUGAUACUACCAAGGUUGAAACCGUGGAACUCGAACCAAUUCCUGUCGAAACCGAGCCACAACCAAGCCUCGAAGAGACUUCACUGAAUGCUGAGGCAGUGAGGAUUGAAACCACGCUGGAAGACAGUGAAAUAUCGCCGGCCGUAGGGCCAAGACAAGCUGAUGAGAAUCCAGUCGAGGAAGCAACGCCAGACGAGGCCGAGAAAGCAGCCGAUCUUAUGCAAGCACCAGCAGCGAGUACACUAGAACAAAGUGUGGAUCAAACAACGCCAGUUGACAAGUCAACGGAGGAAGUAAACGCACCUGUGGAGGAAGAACCAAAACCGACCGAGGUGGAGAAUCCAACAGCAGAAGAAGAUGUUCCAGCGAAGGAAAAAGAAGCAACGCCCGCUGACCCUGAGGAGGCAAAAGUUGACGAACAACCUAUAGCCCCAACAAUCGGAGCGCCAGUUCAAACUCCCGAAGCUGAUAUCAACCCGUUGGAGCAGGCUACAAAAGUGGAAGCUGGAUCGGAAGAAGCUGGAACCGGAGAAGCAGCAAGCGAGCCACUUACUACAGAAGAACCCGCUGAAGUAGAGACUACGGAACGAAGCCCUGUUGAAGUCGAGCCAUCACCAAGCCUCGAAGAGACAUCAUUGAAUGCUGAGGAACAACAAUCAGAGGAGGAAUCAAUGACCGUCCAGCAGGAACAAACUGAUGCGAGUCCAGUUGAGAAAACGAUCCCAAACGAGGAGAAACCACUCGAUCCUGUGGAAGCGGCCACAGAGAGUAUAUCAACUUCUGAGACGGCAGAUGAAGAGAAGUUCGAGGAAACAGUGCCUAGCCAGGUAGAAGAUCUCUCAGAAAUAGCAGCUGCCACAAACGAGGACGACACAGCCGGUGAUGAAGUAAAAAUUGAAGCAACAGGCCAGGUGGAAACUUCUCUAGAAGCACCGAUGGAGGAGAUUCAGGGAACAGCAGACAAUGACGUGAAGAUCAAGGAGACAGCAGCUGCUUUAGAGACGAGUAAUCAAAUCGAGGAGGACUUCGCCAGCACUGAGGAAAAGGAAGCAGUGGACGAUGAAGUGAAAAUGGAGGCCGAGACGACUAAGGUGAUUGGAGUCGUUCCCGAGGAAAAGGAAGUAGCAGCCGAUGAAGCGAAAAUCGAGGAAACGGUAUCGAGCGAGGACGCUUCUAAGGUGAUGGAGCAGAUUGAAGCCGUCGAGUCGGCGAAUGAUGAAGACGUGACUGGAAACACAGUGCCUGACCAGGUGGAAACUACUGCAGAAACACCAGAAGUAGCAAGGGAGAUUGAAUUGGUCCCUGCGACGGCAACAAAUGAAGCAGACACGGAUGAAUCUACGUCGAAAAUGAUAUUAGAGAAGCAGGAAACGCAGGACCGUGAAGAGCCAGCAGCAGAGCAACUUGAGGCGGAGUCACGGGACCUCGUAAUAAACAGUGAGCUGAAUAGCAACGAAGAAUCACAAGUGGAGGAGCUUCAGCUGGAAGACAGGGUCGAAGCAGCAGGAAACGCAGACAACGAAGCACCAGUAGCAGACUCUGAACAACUGGAAAGCAGGCCCUUGAAGAACACCACAAUCGAAGACAAAGAUGAGAAGGCUGGAGAUCUCAAUGAACCCGAAAAGCCAGCAGAGGCUCAGGAAAUCGAUGAUGCGCGGAGCGAGGAUAAAGUUGGGGAAAGCAAAGAGAAGGUCGAUGAAAACGCGAGAAUUGAGUCGGAGAUUACUGGUACAGCAGAAGCCGUUGACAGUAGACAAAAUGAGGACGUUGCAACAACACCAGAGAGUGUCACUAAGGAGAUCCCAGAUCAAGCAUUGAGUGCAGCAUCGGACGAAGCAGAUGCUGCGUCGCUAGGAAACGAAAAACCUGGUGAGGAGCAGAGAACAUCAUCGCAAAUUGUUGACAGCAGGGAAGUGGAGAAAGAGGAUGAAGCUGCAGUGGAUACAACAACAGGGACGGAAGAACGAGCUGAUGAGCUGGUCGAUGUGGCAGAAGAUCCAGAAAGUAAAGUGCAAGCCGAAGAAGAGCUGGCUGACAAAUCUGGGAUACUCGAGGAAGCUGUUCCAGACGGAAGCGCAAGUGUUAGUGAGGAACAACUAGCAACAGAACCGAUGGAGGAGAUAGACGCCGCAGAGGAAUCUGGAAGCAAAAGUGUCGAAGAAAAGACGAGCAGUGGAGAUCACGAAGUAGACGCAGGCGAGGAUCAUAGAACUGAUCAAGUAUCUGCUGCGCCAGAGUCUGAUGCUCAAGACAAGAAAGAAGCGGCUGAAGAAACACCACGCGAGGCUGAGCAAGUCCACGAAGCAGAGAAUGAGACCACAUUGCACGGACAAGACCAAGUUGACGGGACACCAACCAAAGACAAGGCUGAUCAGGAAGGCGAAAGUUCCAACGUUGAAGAUGCAGUACCUCUAGACAAAAUCGAGGGCGACGAACUAGCUGCCGGAUCAUCAGAAGAAACAAAAGAUACCGUUGCUGUUGACAAGAGAACCGAAGACGAACUACCAACGAUGACAACAGAAGAAAGCGGGACAACUUUGGACGAUGACGCCAAAUCCAAAGUUGAGGCUGACGACGGCAGAGAUGCACAAAUUGAGAAGCUGGAGGACUCUGGAGUUACCGAAGAUCAUAGCAUCCAGAAAAGUAAGGAUACAGACGAAGGCAGUGCCGUGGAAGUUGAACCAGCAACAGAUGAAAGUGUGGUCACUAAGCAAGCAGGAGAACAGUUGGAUGGAGCUGAGGAUCAAGCAGCAAUAGACGCAGAUGGCAAAGAGAGGACUAGAAACGAUCAAGCGUCUGCUGGCGAACUGGUUUUGGAAAGUCAAGGGCCAUUGAAGACAGAUGAGGCUGACAGAGGACUUGAGCUUCAAGAUGGAAUUGAGAACACAGCUGCUGAAGAAGUCGGAGAGAAACCACACGAGGAGAUUACGCUGCAAAGUGAAGCUGAUGAUAAAGGGGGAGAAGACUUGCCGUCGACAUUCCAAGAUGUCGAGGGAGCUAUCGAAGCCAGGGAGGAAGCGGAGAACAAGGCAGUCGAAGGUGGUGACGAAGCAAUCCAGAAUCCAGUGGAAGGUCGGCAUGAAGAAGGCGAGCAAGAUAUUAGAGAUACCGAGGAGUCAACAAAUCUGAUUGAAUACGAACCUUUGAAAGACGAAGCCGUGGACAGGACUGUUCCAGCUGCUGGCGACGACGAAGAAAAGGUGCAAGAAACAGUGAGCAGUGAAGAAACUCGGGCUAAGAUCGCAGAGAACUUGGAGAUGGAAGCAGCGGACAAACGCGAGGAAAGACUUCAAGUAGCAGAAGAUCAAGAUCCAAGCGGAGAGAAAGAGAAAGAAACAACAGUUCUCCGAACGGAUGAUCUUUCCACGAGCACUCAGGCAGCAGAAGACAUAAUCCCAGACAAGGAAGAGAUCCACGAUGAAGCUCAAGUAGCCGAAGAUAUAAUUCCUGACAAGGAAGAGGUGCACGACGAAACCCAAGUAGCCGAUGAUAUAAUUCUGGACAAGGAAGAGGUGCACGAGGAAACUCGAGUAGACGAAGAUAUUAUUCCGGACAUGGAAGAGGUGCACAGCGAAACUCAAGUAGCAAGAGAUACACUUCCGGACAAGGAAGAGGUGCACGACGAAACUCAAGUAGCAGAAGGUAUAAGUCCGGACAAGGAAGAAUUUCACGACGCAGAUGUCGCCUUUCCGGACCAAGAAGCUGAAGAAGCAACAGUUGAAGAAACAUUGGUAUCUGCGGACGAAGAGAAAGAAGCGGCAGUAGCUGCUGGUGAAGGAACUCAUCCAGCAGAGAAUCGCGAGGAUCGGGAGGCUAAGGAGAUCGAAACAACAAGCAUCGUCCACGAAAACGACAAGGAAGAAGCAACAACACCAGCCGACGACAAAGGCGACAUUCCUCUAGACGAAGCAGUUUUCAUCACUGCCGAAGACGAUGGAACUCAGCUAGCAGAAAGUCAGGAGGAAGACAAAGACAAAGCAGUACCAGAAGUUUCCACACCAGGCGAAGACAAAGGUCUCAUUGUUCCAGACGAAGGAACUCAAAAGAAAGAGAAAGAAGCUGAAAGAGUACCACAAGAUUUCACACCAGCCGAAGACAAAGGCAUCACUGCUCCAGACGACGCAGCUCUCAUCACUGUCAAAGACGAGCCAGCAGACGCUCAGGAGGAAGACAAAGAGCAAGUCGAGGAAACGACUCCCACCAGCGAGGAAGAGAGUCCGCUGCUACAAGAGGAUCCAAAAGCCGCUAGCAAAACCGAAGAACCAGCAGUAAUCAGCGAAGGAGAAGAACCUGGAGUAGCCGCGAAGGCCAUAGACAUCGAUGAUCUUACGACCCCUCCAGCAGCAGAAACUAAACAAGAGAGCUCGCCACCACCGGCAAGCAUCAGCGUCGCGUCAGCCUUGAAGAGCAUUGUGGCAGCGUUGUCCACAAAGCCUUCCAAGAAGAAGAGGCUGAGACUAAAAAAGGAGCUGGCCAAGGAGCUGCAAGCAUGAAAGCAAGGAUGUUACUACACUUAGAUUUGUUUGAGAAAUAAAAGCACGUUAUUCCAAAUUCA